UCGGCGAGAGGAAAAUGGAAAGGGAAGCAGGAAGAGUAAGAGAGGAAGAGGAGGUCUUUUUAUUCUCGACUGCUCUUCUAGAAUCAUCUUCGGAGAUUCCGCUUUUCAAUUGCAGGUUUGGAGUGCGCCGAAUUGUGUGCCACAUGAUCCGCAUCACGCGCAGCUUUUGAGCUCAACAGGAGCGAGAGUUGGGCCCGUCGCGUUUGGGAAAUUUGGCGGUCGAGGGUGGGCUGGAUCAGCAUUUGUUCCGCUCUGAGCUGCUGCUGCGGUUGCGCAGUAGUUGUUCCGUGCACUGUCUGUGUAUGCGGAGGAGUUUGGAUCUUGUUCCUUGAUCGUCCGCCCCCGUGUGCACUGACUGUCGAGGCGGCGGGUGUGCCUCUGCAGCCAGUGUUUUGGUCCCGAAACUAUGUCUCGUGUUCCGUGGCGCCGCUCUCUGCGUCUCCUGCAGCGGUGCUUAGAUUCAUCACGCACUCCCUCUCUUCAGGAUGGAUUACCUAAGUCAAACGCCAUUGAUUGGAGGCCCAGGCAAUCGCGAAAUUCAUAUCAUGCAUUCGCCACGAAUCCCUUAUCUUCCAGUCUUGGCGGGUGUAGUUGCUUCCACUGUCAAGGCAGUUUGUUCAAGGAGAAGAAGCUUUUCACAUCUAGCAGAGGAUUUCACGCAACGGGUGUUCAGCAUAUGAGCAAAAGAGAUUUCUACGAGGUUCUUGGUGUUUCGAGAGGAGCUAGUGGGCCAGAGAUUAAGAAAGCUUACUACGCCCUUGCAAAAAAGUACCACCCGGACAUGAAUAAGGGAGAUGAUAAGGCCGAGGAGAAAUUUCAGGAAAUCCAGCAUGCAUACGAGGUUUUGAAAGAUGACGAAAAACGAUCGGUUUAUGAUCAGGUGGGCCCUGAGGCUUAUGAUGCAGCUGAUGGAGGAGGACGAGGUCCUAGUGGGUUUGAAGGGUUCGAUGGGUUUGGAGGAUUCGACGUUAAUGAGGUUCUGAAUUCGUUUUUCGGAGUUCAACAAGACGGUCGAAGAUCUACUGUGAAGGUCGAUCUUGACUUGUCUUUCAAAGAAGCUGUUCUUGGUUGCACAAAAGAAGUGUCUUUUCAAACUCGCGCGAGGUGCCGACCUUGCAACGGCACUGGUAUACCUGCUGGAGCCAAAGUACGUGCAUGCCAAGGAUGUGGAGGGGCUGGAAAGAUCAGGUACAAACAAGGAUGGAUUGCGUUGGAGUCAACUUGUGAGAUGUGUGGUGGUACGGGCAAGUUCACGAAGGAGAAAUGUUCUAGCUGUCGAGGUUCUGGGACUGUGAAGGCCGGCAAACAAGUCGUUGUGACUGUUCCUCCAGGCGUGGAGAAUGGAAUGUCCCUGAAGAUCCAAGGAGAAGGAGGUGCCGGUCCUGCAGGGUCGCGAUCGGGAGAUCUAUACGUACAAUUACGGGUGGCUGAAGACCCUAUAUUCAGAAGAGAGGGUGCAGAUAUCCACCUCAACACCUCCAUCAGCUUUACCCAGGCUAUCCUUGGUGGUGAAGUUCAAGUACCAACCUUGACAGGAGAUGUAUCGCUUAAGGUUCGCCCCGGGACACAGCCAAAUCAAAAACUUGUUUUACGAGGAAAAGGAAUUAAGAUGCUCAACUCUAAGCAUUAUGGAGAUCAAUAUGUUCACUUCACGGUUGUUAUCCCUGUGAACCUGUCUUUAGAACAACGUAGACUUAUUGAGGAGUUUGCCAGGGAGGAAUCUGGUGAAAGUGACAAAGUGGACAAUGCUGCGGAGGGAAGCGGAUAAAGUAUUUAUCACAGCAAGUGAUUAUUUGAGAAGAAAUUGCCCCUAGUCGGCUUGUGUCAUACAGCAGGACUCACAGGUCCGUCGAAAUUUUGCAGUUUCCUUUGAAGCACUUCAAAGGCUUAGUGGUGAGCAGUGAACGCUUUAGAAAUUAUUCUGUACAUAUUGGAGGAAGAAUGCCACCAAAUUCCAGUACUGUUCUAGGGGUGAGGUUGGGUCGGUGUCGUUUAAGGCUUUAGUUUCAGUUUUAGUAUGGGGUCCUUUGAAGGUUGUAUCAGAAUGUGAUGGCAAUUUAGCAGUAGAAGGGAGUGGAACGUACGAGACAACGGGGAUUUAUCAAGCUAUCUUAGUAUCUGGCACCUGGUACUAGAACUUCCCACUGUUCGUCUGUCGCAUGUACUGGAUAUAGUUCACCAGCCGAAGAUGCAGAAAUAAUACUGCGCUAUGCAGAAUCUUGCCGAACGUCAGCAUGCUUCCUAGCAGGCAUUAGGCCAGCAUCGGAUGGGCGGACGUUGUAGUAUGGUAGAGGCAACAGCACUGGAUGAAGAUUUCUGUCCUAUGUUUUGAGACAGCACUCUUUGCCAGCUUUUUGACGAGUACAACAAUUAUUUGGAACCACUAGCCUUUUAGAUAUCAAGUCAUCUCACAAGUUUGUGAGAUUGGCGCUUACAUUUGACGAGAUAGCCAAGGGCUGCUCCUAAGCAUCAGUCCUUGUGAUUAUUAGGGAGUUUACUUAGUCCUGCCCAAGAUUCGUGAGGUAAGACAUUUAUUAUGGAAGAAGAGAAAUCAUCACGAUCGCCUUCCUUAAGCCCAAUUAGGGAGUUUUAUCGGGUGAUAUUGUUCUCUUUCGUUGGCAUUGUUAGUGCUGAAAUGCAUCUAUGCUUGUACUUAUUCUCGUCACUUCUCUCGAGAUUUUUACGAGUCUUGCAGAUUAUCUUCAAAGCAUUUCUUCUCCCUCCAUAUAUUUUUAGAUAUGUAUAACAAUCGGAACA